GUCCAGGUGGUGGCGGUAACGCGCUCACUAACUGUUUCUCCAACCGCCGGAAAACGUUAGUGAAGAAAAGGGCCGUUUCUUUCCUGAAUAUCUUUAUCCGACCGAGCUCAUCAGCACUACAACAUCUCUCCGAGUUUUACACUUCUGUGUGCUGGAGUUAAACAUUAAUCCAGGGUAUUGUGUGUGUGUGUUUCUGAGGAUUAAACAGCUCGUUGUGCUUUAAACCCUGAGUGUGAUUUUAGAGGAGUUGUGAUGAGCUCAGCAGGAGACAGACGGCGCUCGUCCAGGAAGUCUCGCGCUCCUGAUCCUGCUCCCUCACAGCGGUGUGAGGACGUGAAAACAGAGACUUCAGAUGGAGAAGUGUCCAUAUGGUCAGAAGUGAAGAAAGAGGAGACGCUGGAGCUAAACAUCUGCAGCCAUGAAGAUGAGCUUGACACCACACCUGAUAUUAUAUGCAUUAAAGAGGAAGAUCUCCACCAUGAAGACCAGCUCUACUGUGAGAUCUGCAAAUCCUUCUUCUUCAACAAGUGUGAGGUUCAUGGUUCUCCCCUCUUCAUCCCUGAUACCCCUGUACCCAUGGGGGUCUCUGACCGAGCCAGACAAACUCUUCCUCCUGGACUAGAGAUUCAGGAGUCCAGUAUUCCUGAUGCAGGCCUGGGAGUGUUUAAUAAGGGGGAGACUGUUCCAGUAGGUGCACACUUCGGACCCUAUCAGGGAGAGCUGGUGGACAGAGAGGAGGCCAUAAACAGUGGAUACUCCUGGGCGAUAUGUAAGAGCAGACAAUGUGAAGAGUACAUAGAUGCCAAAAGAGAAAUGCAUGCAAAUUGGAUGAGGUAUGUGAAUUGUGCCCGUAAUGAUGAAGAACAGAAUCUUGUGGCAUUUCAGUAUCGAGGACAAAUUCUGUAUAGGUGCUGCCGACCCAUUGACCCAGGAGAGGAGCUCUUGGUGUGGUAUGAAGAGGAGUACGCCAAAGAUCUCAGUCCUGUGUUUAAACGCCUUUGGAACAAAAAGUGCUCCACAUAUGAAGUAACCAGCACGCAGGCCUUUUCCUGCUCCACAUGCCCUCUUUCCUAUACAUCUCAACUAUAUCUAGACAAACACAUCGCAAGAUGCCACUACAAUGUCGGACUGCGUGAAUCAGGGGAGAUUAAAUAUGAGCUUCAGAUCCCCACUAACGGCUGCCGCAGUCCACUAUUAUCAUCAUCUGAUACUCUCAGUUCUGACCAUUUUUCUCACAAUGAAAUACAGAAGGAAAUUCACCACUGCUCAGACUGUGGAAAGAGUUUUGGUCAACAGAAUGUCCCCAGUACACACCAGUGCAUUCACACAGGAGAAAAGCCAUAUCGCUGUUCACAGGGUGGAAAGAGGUUUGAUCAGUGGAGCAAUUUGUGCCGACAAAAGCGCAUUCACACAGGAGAGAAGCCGCAUUGUUGCUCACAGUGUGGAAAGAGGUUUACUCGACCCAGUCAUCUUCAACAACACCAGCACGUUCAUACAGGAGAGAAGCCAUAUCGUUGCUCACAGUGUGGAAAAAGUUUUACUCGACCCAGUCAUCUUCAACAACACCAGCUCAUUCAUACAGGAGAGAAACCGUAUCGCUGCUCAGAUUGUGGAAGGAGUUUUAAUCAACAGCAAAAUCUCCAACAACACCAGCGCAUUCACACUGGAGAGAAGCCGUAUCACUGCUCACAGUGCGAAAUGAGUUUUAAUCAACAAAAUCAUCUCCAACAACACGAGCGCAUUCACACGGGAGAAAAGCCAUAUCACUGCUCACAGUGCGGACGGAGUUUUAUUCAACAAAAUCAUCUCCAACAGCAUGAGCGCAUUCACACAGGAGAGAAGCCGUAUCACUGCUCACAGUGCGGGAAGAGUUUUAAUCAACAGAGUGGACUCCAACGACAUCAGCGCACACACACUGGAGAGAAGCCGUAUCGCUGCUUACAGUGCGGAAAGAGCUUCAAUCAACAGAGUGUUCUCUACCGACAUCAGCGCAUACACACAGGAGAGAAGUCAUACCACUGCUCACAGUGUGGAAAGAGCUUUAAUCGACAUGAUUGUCUUCAACAGCAUCAGAGCAUUCACACAGGAGAAAAGCCAUAUAACUGUUCACAGUGUGGGAAGUCUUUUAAUAGAAAGAGUCAUCUUCAGCAACACCAGUGCAAUCACAGAGGAGAGUUUUAUUUAUUCCGUUCCUUUGAGACUCACAAGUGCACUAAUUCAGACAUUAUAUGAUUUUAAAUCGUCAAAUAAUGUAAAAUUUUUUCUCUGUUUAUGAUGAUUUGCACAUUUAUAUAUACAAAAGAAAAAAAAAAGGUUAUUGAGUUGGUGACCCUUAGAGAAUUUCCUAUAUUAGGAAAUGCCUAAAACAUUAUCAGAUUUCACACACAAAACCAGAUUUUCACAUAGCUAUUAACACACAUAUGUGGGGCAAAAGUAUGUGAACCCUAGCUUUCACUAUUAGCUGUGACUACACCCUCCCCCACAACUGCAACAUUUUUGUUGAUCAGUCCCGUACAUCACCUUUAAGGAUUUUUGGCCCAUUCUGCUUUAGUUCUUUCUUUACCUUUGCUUUAGCUUCAUCUCUGAGAUGUUUUGGGGUUUCUACGCAUGAACAGCUCACUUUUUCUUCAACUUGGCCAAUUCAAAACAUGGAAUUUAUUCUUUUUGAACUUUGCUAGAACAAAGAACUUUGCCUUUUAAUUUGGCUGGUAUAAUUCAGAAUUUAGUUUCAACAAUGAUGGCAAGCCACACUGGCCUAGAUGCAAAACUGGCCCAAAUCAUAAUACAUCCAUCAUAUUUCCCAGAUGGGACACGGUUUCUAAACUGGAAUGCAUUUUUUUCAAACAUAAUGCUUCUCAGUUAGGCCAAAAAUUCUGGUAGGGUCUCAUUUAUUUACAAAACAUUUAUCUCGUACCCAUCUGAUUUGUGUAGUGAAGGUUAACAAAUUUUUACAGGUAACAAUUAUCUUUUCUGGAGUGCAGGGUAUUUCGCUUCGUAACUCUGCUAGCAUCAUUGUUGUUUAGUGUUCUCCUGAUGAUGGGCUCCUGAGGAUGAACAUUGACCCAUAUAAGAUGGGCUUUAUCGGUUUUAAAGUUUCGCGGUUUGUUUGUUUGUGAAAUUUAAUAACUCUUUUCGAGUUUACCAGAAACACUCUUUGUUUGAGUAUGUAUCAACGAGCUUUAAGAAAAAAGAUCCCUUACUCGCACUUGGUUGUCAUCCUAUUAAGUGAGAACACCUGACUCUGAUUUCACCCAUCCUCAUUUGGGUGAUAAGGGAUUGUAGGGAUUGAUCUGCAGUCGCACUGUUUGUUAGGAGGCUGGAAGUUCAGUAGACAGAUGAUGUGUUUAAGUUAAUAUGGAGUCCAGGUUUAUCCAUUCACAAGUCCUAAGAAAACAGCUGCCUGCAUCGGCUGAUGGCCAGGAUAGUCUUUAUGGUAAAGUGAAACUGUCCCCAGUAACCACAGAUCCCAAGCAGACCACACCGGGCAUCCAUUUGACGAGGUCUCCAACCAGAAGUGGGGCUUCUGCCUUUUCUUUACCUACUUUUAAGGCUUGUGAAAAUUUGAUGAUGUUUUAGGUCACAUUUAUGCAAAAAUAUAUAAAAUUCUAAAGGUUUCACAAAUGUACAGUCCACACAAUAUACUUGUAUUAUAAUCAGAUAGUAUACAUCUUAAUUUUUAAAAACCCAGAUGGACCAAGCACUGAACUUAGAGGAAACCCCCUAAGUAACCCCAUUAAUUAUGAGUUAAUUAUUUGUAUUUGCAUGCUGAUGCUGGAUGUCUAAAUAAUACAUAAUCAGCCAUAUGUCAUACUUUAAAUCCUAUACGUUAUACAUAAUACAAUUACCCUUUGGGAUUAAUUAAGUUAUCUAUCUAUCUAUCUAUCUAUCU